GGCGCCUUUUGCCUUCCCCUGACGGCAUGACGCGCCAUUUGAGUUACCAACUUAUUAGGCGCUGCACUACGUACAGCUCCCCGUGGCGCGGCCCUGCUGGGCGUCCUGCCUUGCCUGCCUCAAAACUCCCAUGUGGCCCAGCAUCGCACAUUCGCAUCCCCGCCUCCAGGAAUGCCAUGUCCGGGGCGAUGCGGCGAAACAGGGGGGGCCAAAUGACCCCGUCAUCCGCCACAAGGCCCUUUCUCUCCGGCGUGCUUCCAAACUCCUGCCAUUACCCUGUUCCAUCAUCUGCCGGCCCGGCACGGCAUGUCUGACCCUUACCUGCACCGCCUGACCCAGCACCAACGUUACCACGGGGCUUGGCCAUGCAUGCGUCGGUGAUGUCAUCGCUGCGCCACCCCGGGAAAAUACACAGAACGCUGGGGACGCUUCCCCUGCUCAGCCCUACCAAAUAAGUAAGCUCGCUCCCAGGGCAGGUGAGGUGCGCGCGGCAUGCUUACUACUGUACUUCGUACCGCACCGGACCCUUGCCCCGGUUUAUUGGCGAGGACCUGGUUUUUGCAGCAAUGCCUUCCCACCAGUCUGAAGGCAUGAUGACGACAAUGCCACCAACGAGACUUCCUAUCGUGGGAAUUCGGGGGCUCGGAGCGUCAUUCUGAUGCCAGGCUCCGAUCUGGCACCGAAUACAGGGUUGACACAGGUGCAACAUGGCAGACAGACACGCAACCGCGUCAGAGCCUACUUCCAUUGCCGUGACAGCAGAUGGUGAUGGCUUCAUGCCCACACCCCGUGCGCGAGUCGUAUAAUCAAUCAUCGCUAGAAGCUAGAAGCCUUUACAUUUCUGUAAUCACACUACUGCAUAGUGACGGCUCAGAGUUUGGCCGCUCGUAGGCCAUCGACCAGUAGGUUUUGUGCUACUCGGGUGUAAGUUUGAGUAUUCGACAACCUUACACACAGACACCACACCGCGCUUUGUAUAGGUAGAUAAAUAUGGGCAUUUGCAACUUCCCAUCCGGCCACGAGCUGGAUUUCCAUACGACUGCGAUUAUUAUUCGCUUCCAUUGCCAUCAUGAAGGCCUCCACUGCAUUCGUCGCGGCCACCACCAUCGCCCCUAUUGUUCUCACCUCGGCCAUCCGCAUCGACAGCUCCCUCCCAGAUGGCGUCUACGACGCGAUCCCCGAUGAGUCCAACAACGACAACAACGCCAUAGGACACCACCACCAUCACAUCAUCCGACGUGACUUCAUGUCCGGUCCCGACACAAGAAGAAGAACAACAACAACAGACACUCCUGCGGCCGCUACCGCCGCCCUCUCCGCCCGCCAACAAGGCGUGCCCAUUCCCCCACGCUGCCAGGGGGAGGCGUGCCUGCGACCCAUCCGGGAGGCCCUCCCCAUCCCCGACGGCAAGUCCUUCUGCCGCGACCCCGCGACGCGCAACAUGACGUCGUCCGACUACCACGCGGCGCUGAACCUGCUCUUCGAGUCACCGCUGUACUGGGUGCCCCCGCAGACGGCCCGCUUCGCGCUGCACCGCGGCGCCGUCGCCUACGUGUGCAACUUUGUCGACUGGAACUCGGCCUCCCUCGUCGAGUUCAUGGCCGCCAUGGACGACCUCGACCGGGAGUGCGGCGUCGGCGUCGCGGGCAAGCGCUCCCUCGCCGAGUGGGACAAGUUCUACGGCCGCGAGGCCCGCGGCUGGGACAUCUGCCGCCUCGAGUACCAGGACGCCGGCGGCAUCGACAGCGAGCUCAUGGACGUGGUCGACGACGGCUGUGAGACGUACCUCAGCGGCGUCAGGUCGUGGUUCCGCAGCGGCAGCUGCAAGCAUGGCAACUCAGGCACUGCUCUCUUCAGCAAGAUGAAGGAACUGUUUACCUGGUACAAGGCACCGGGAGAAGACAUGGAGACGGGGAAGCUUUGAGUUACAUGGUUGAGAGGAGGAUACGAAAACUUCUGCCCCGAGAUAAGAGGUUUUGUAGCAAGUCUGACUCAGAAAAUACGAAAACCUUCAUCUUCCGUGG